AAACAAAUAACAUGUGUAACAAUUAAACCUUAAAUCCCAGAACAAUAACAUGCGUAACAUGUAGAUGUAAUCAACAUCCAAGGGUGGAGCUACAUUAGCCCUCGGAAGAUCCCUGUCCACUCCGAAAAAUAUUGGAAGUUAUGUAUAAAUGGUUUGGGAUAAAACAUAUAAAAUUAAGUGAGUUUGUAAAAUAAUCAGAGUGCAAAUUUCUUUUUUGAUGAAUCAGUAAAUUCUAUUUCUUACUAGCAACAAUAUGGUUAGUGGAGGUUCAAAUAGGGGCAUUGUUCGUAUACCACACCUAAUAGCAACAACUACAUAAACAAACUAAAAGAGUAUGGAAUCAAGCAUUGUUAAUCUAUUACAACACCAGAGAAAGGCAAUUCAAUUUUCUUCAAACUAGCAUAAGCUCUAUACCUCAGGAACUCCAACAAAGUCGUUCAAUUUCAGUCUUAAUGAUCUUCAGUAAGGCACUUGCAUCUCGACAACACCUGCAUAAAUUCUGUAGCAGCUCUCACUUCCUAUUAAAACUUCAUGAUUAUUCUUUUCCAAGGCUACUUAUAGCCCAAAUCAGGUCACCAUCUCAUAGUUGCCGAGUAGCAUGACUAGUAUAUCUCCCCAAUAGACGUCCAAACAAAUUUUUCUAGAAGUGGCAAGCAGGGAAUAGAUGAUUUGUAGCUUCCUGCCCAUUCUUGUAGAGUACACACCUCAUCGAACCUAAAUAUCUCCAGUUCAACAUUUAAUCCCUUGUGUAAAUACCUCCAAGCCAAAAAACUAUUACAAGGAAUAGAGGCACCUUUCCAUUAAAUUUAGGGUUAAUAUUUUCGUAUGGCCUGAACUUUGACAAUAAUAAAUAUCAUGGCCAAUCUUUUCGAUCUAUAACAUCCUGGCCCGAAUUAUACAUCAAAAUAAACAAUUUGGCCAGAUCCGACUUUUGACCGUUAACUUGGACGGUCAAACGCGUUGACUAAUGGUCAACGCGCCAUGUCACUGCCAACUCAACAAGUUUCAAUUAAUUUUUUUUUUAAUUUACACCAUUUUCAUUUUCUAUCCUAAAUCAUUUUGACAAAAAAAAAAUCAAUUUUGGGCCAAACCUUUCUGCAAGUUAACGAUGGAAAAUCCCAAUUCGUAUAUUCACUCCAACAUCGUCGGAUUGGUGACCUUACUCGAGAUCUGCAAAUCGGCAGAAACCCAGCCCGCCGUCGUCUGGGCGUCGUCGAGCUCCGUCUACAGGCUCAACGAGAAAUCCCCCUUUUCCGAAUCGGACGGAACCAACCAGCCGGCGAGCCUCUACGCUGCUACAAAAAAAUUCGGAGAAGAAAUCACCCACACCUACAACCACAUCUACGGAUUAUCCAUCACCGGGAUGAGAUUCUUCACGGUUUACGGACCUUGGGGCCGACCCGGCAUGGCAUACUUCUCCUUCACCAAGAACAUUUUGCAGGGGAAGCUGAUUACCGUCUACUGGGGGGAAAUCGGGAUGAUUUGGCCCGGGAUUUCACCUACAUCGACGACGUCAUGAAAGGGUGUUUGGGCUCGCUGGAGACCGAAGGGAAGAGUACCGGUUCGGGCGGGACAAAUCUUUUCGUUUUCACAGAUCUCCUCGACAUGUCUCUUUCUGCAAACCUUCGACGACGACGGAGGCGCUGGGCUAUUCUGUCCUUCUCUACAACAACGUUGGCGGUCGGAGCGAUGGAAGAAGAGAUGAGAGGAGACGAGACGAAGAAGGUGAAGAAUGAGGUUAGGGCAGGGGCUGUUGGGGAUAUUCCCCAAAUUGAAUAAAAAAUUUCGUUCAAAAUUAUUAAGGAAAGAAAAUGGAAAUAGGUGUGAAUUAAAAAAUAAUAAUUGAAACUUGCUGAGUUGGCUGUGACAUGGCGCGUUGACCGUUAGUCAACGUGUUUGACCGUCCAAGUUGACGGUCAAAAGUCGGAUCUGGCCAAAUUGUUUAUUUUUAUGUAUAGUUCGGGCCAGGAUGUUAUAGAUCGAAAAGAUUGGCCAGGAUGUUUAUUUUGGUCAAAAUUCAGGCCAUACGAAAAUAUUAACCCUUUAAUUUAUGACCAAAAGUCCUUUGGUUUCCUUGGUCUAACCACUUCCCAUGUUUUCUUUUAAUAGAGUAAGUAUUCAUUGGACGGGAAUUUUGAUGAACCACUCCCUCAAUCACAUAAAAGAAUACCACAUUCCUCAUUUUUAAUAUUUUUCUCCAGUUCUAGGUCCGAAAUUUGUUCUCCUCCUUUUGGAGACCCCUCAAAAACACACAUUUUCUAGGAUUUGAUUUCAGACCUGAGAGGGUUUUAAAUUGUGUCAACACCCUUUGUAUAUUUUAAAAGCCAUGGUUAGAAGCAACAAUGAACACAAAGAGAUCAUCGACAAAGCAAAGAUGUGUUAUUUUGGGUUUUUUUUACACAUAAGGUGAAAAGAGAACACUCCUUCCUUUUCUAUUCUAUACAGUAAAUAGGAGAAGACCUUCGUAGACAAGUAUGAAGAAAGAGGGUCCCCUUGUCUAAAUUUUUUCCAUCUACGAAAUACCUUAUAGACCCUCCAUUGAAACAUACACUCAUCAUAGGGAUCCUUGCACAGAUUCUAAUCUAGUCUAUGAACAAGACAGGGAAACCCAGAUUCUUCAAAUAAAUUUUCAAAAUUUAAAAAAAAACUAAUGCUAGGGUUUUGGGGGUUAAACCCCUAGUACCUCAGAGAAAGAGAACUACCUCAUAAAGGGGGGAAGAAGAUACAUAGGAAGAAUUUGAAGAAGACUUAAGUUGGGGGAGAUCUCCCUUGCUUCUUGGCUCCUCCUCCUUCUUCUCUUCUUCUAAUUCCUUCAACUUCUCUCUUUAACAUCUAAGUCAAAAACCAGAACUUUUCAAGUGAUUUCAGCUCUCAAAUAAAGGGGAGUGGAUCCCCUAUUUAUAGAGAUAAGGUAGUGGACCAAGCUCACGGCUGGACAGGUAAAGAUCGCAGGCGUGAUAUUUGGAAGAGAGGUCGCAAUCUUAAGGGUCGCUAUUUUACGGCUUGCUGGAUGUGGAGUUCGAGGCCUAACAUCAUGGUCACAAUCUGAGAUGUCACAACCGUGAACUUUAUCUCUGAUCCUCCUUUGGUGGCUACUCCUGAAGUUCUUGCCCUUGGCUCCAGAUUUUGUGGUUGUCAUCUCGGCACCGAAGGCCUCGAUCUCGGUGCUCUAGUUAGCGCUCUCUCUCUUUAUGGUCUUGAUCUCCUUGCUCCCGGCCGUGAUCUCUCAUUUAUGCAUAUAAUCCUACACUUGUGACCCCUUUUUGUACCUAAAGCGUUCAUAUAAUCUAAAAUACCCUAAUAUAACAAUAUUAUCUUCGAGGAAUGAAUUAAGGAUGUGUUUGAUGACAUAUCAACCAAUGAGACCACGAAAUGACUCAAAGUCAGCUUAAAUAUAGAGGCUAAAUAACACUAUUUUGGGUGUUAUCAUGUAUGCCCUAACUUUGACCUAAAAGGAAUUUUCUCUCUCCUAGGUCAAGAACAACCAAAGAUUACUCAUACUAAAGUUAGAGAUUAAUA